AAAGUUCUGUGUUUCAAUAGUUAGCGAGAGGAGAGUGACAAAUUUUUGAAUUAUUUUUCUGCUUAACAGAACUCUGCGACUGAAAUAUUCGCGCCAGCAUCAUUAACUGGCUGCAGCAUGGCAUCAGCUGAAUCUUCUCUAGCAGCAGUGUGGUACACCUGCAUGGGAACAGAAAAUGAAUCAAAGCAGAUUUGCAAACGCAUAGAUUAUUAUGGUGUUAAGUAAAAUAGAGAGAUUAAUGUGAGUCUGAAGAGAUACGGCAGUGCGGCAACGUGAAGUGGUCUUAGGUUUUAAAGCCAGCCUCAUUUCUAAUCUGACAUAAAAGCAACAACUGGUCACAGCAAGUAGCUCUACCUUCCGAAAAUGUGUACCGCUCCUACUACUACGGUAGCCCAAGCUGCUGCUACUUCUUCUUGGUAGGCCUCAGAGACUGGUUUAUUUACUGCACGGGAAUGGACCAGCACCAUUUAGAGAGUGCCAGGACCAAAGUUGCUGGGAAUCCAGUGUUGCAAAAGCUUAUCAAAGAUUAUGCCAACUCAGUCUGGGAUGUUCUCCAUGCUAAACCCAUCGACCGGCAUAAGUUGGUAAAGGAGAUUGAGGCAUCUUCUGAGAAACUUCUAUCUCUGAUACAGGAAUCAGAAGAAUGUCAUUUUAUUCAAGACUAUACAACUGCAGUACUGGCUUGUUACAUUGCUUGCAUCGAAACCUCCAGUCUUGCCAGAUGUUUCAAAAAGCUCUUGGAACCAAUACCACAUGCCCUGUUGAUGGAAGAGAUAAGCUUUGUGUUUCUCAGUCAUUUAUCCUCUGACACGCAUAUGACUUCUGCCACAAUGAGUAAAUUCGGUCAUUUAAUCGAACAGUGUGCAGAAGUGCAGCCAUUGAUUGUUGAUUCCUACCCACAGGUCUGUAAUAUACUACACAAACACAUAAGUUUGGCCCUCAAUGUAAACACUACCUCUGACCUUCUCUAUUCAACUGUCAAGACCUCACUGGUGCUGUUUCAACAUUUUCCUCAGCAAACCAAAUUACAUCUCAGUCUUCAAGUCAAUGACACAUCCUCACCACUCACUUCAUUGGUACAAAGCCUACUGGUAGUACUUGCAGAAUCGCACUGUAGUUCCGAAACCGUCCUGCUUGCAGGUACUGCCUAUUCCAUGAUGCUAAAUUCUCUGCCUUGUAGUCCUGUUACUAUCUGCAGUCUCUUCUGGAGUAGUUUGACCAUCUUAAAUCAGCACAAAAAAUUUUUAAACUGGGAGCAAAUCUUGAGAAACAGUGUAGACUUUGAGAAGAAGUCUCCUCACAUUGGUGCAAUUCGUAGCGACAAAUUUGGAUGUCUCUCUCUCGUCCGUGGUUUCAUUUCUUCUACUGAGAAUCCUUUUCUUUUGCUAGAGGAACAUAUUGAGGGAACCAACAUGAAUGUCCCUCUAAUUAUGAGAUUGUUCUUUACCAUUUAUAAAAUGUGCAAAACCAUCUCACUAGACUACCACAGUUUCAACUUACUACACAUCUGGUACAGCAGGUAUUUGAGACUUCUUCCUGAACUCUAUAUUAAGAACUCAUCUGGUUUCUCCCAAGAAAAUCGAGAGAAACUUGAAAGCCAAUCUCUGGAGUUAAUAUGGUUGCAUUGGGACAGCCCAGUUGAAGGUGUGUCAGAGACUGUUUCCAAUAUAUUCCACAUCAUGUGUCAAAUUUGGCAUGUAGAGCGCAGUCUUGGCAGUCAAGAUGGUAAUGCUUUGCCACAAAAACUGCUUCAGAGGUUGAUUACAUUACCUUGGUAUGUGAAAGGGAAAUAUAAGUUGAUGAGUUCUCUGCUUCAGUUUUUGGAAUACAACAAUGCAUUCUCUAACCUGGAAGAAGUGAAAUCACAGUUGGUUAUGUGUAUGGCUACGAAUCAUCUGGUAACUUCUGCCAGCGAGGUUUACCGUGUUUACAUGACCAAACUUGCUCUGUGCAAAGAUGCUGUGAGUAUCUGGGACCAAGACUGGAGAAACACACUCCUUGAUGGCCUUGCUAAUGAAGAUGAGCUGGUAAAACGUAAUAUCUGCCAUUACUGGUUGCCGUCCACUCUGAAGUUCAUCCCUCAGUGUGGUCAACAUCUCAGCAUGUUGCUGACCGGAGCUUUGAGUCCUUCCAAACAUCCACAGCUGGAUCUUUGUCAUAAGCUGGAUCUUCAAUCAAAGUGGAGUCAUCCUGAACUACUACACAUUUGGAUUAUGGUCUCUCUGACAAUGAGAAAUCUCUCUGGUUCCAUUGAAUGGAAUGAAGCUUUACUCCGUGAAGCCCUCUGUUCUGAAAGUGCUCCUUUGAGGCUUGAUGCACUCACUCUUCUCUGCAGCUCUGCAAAAAAAGCUGAAAUGCUUCAUUCUCUGGAGUCUAAACUGCUGAUGGAAGCUCUUCCUGUCAACUUGAAUAUUGAUUCAGCCCCAUUUCGACAGAAUCUGGUCUCAGCACUGAAGAAAUUGCUGAUUAGAAUCAGAGACAGUUGCUCCUCUUUGAUGAAAACUCAAAAUUUGAGCUCAAUUGAUCAUUCCAUUGAAUUUGUGGACUGGUUACACAGGUUGUGCACUGAAAACCUUGUUCCAGGUUCAAACUUCCAGCGACGCAAGAUGUGUUUGGAAAUAUUGAAUGUCAUCUAUGAAGUAUUUGUUCUGCCUGAUCUUAGUUACAAAAGGAAAUCUUUUGUAGAUUCUUUGAAAAAAUUGAUUACUUUUGCUCAGCAAGAAAAAGAGUUAUGGGACUUUACAUCGUCAAUGUCAUUUGUGUCUAUUUUACUUUGUAUCUUAGAUGGUACUGAUGAGGUAAGAGAACUUGCUGCAGAUAUAUUAGAGAAAUACUUUGACUGGAGCCCUAAAUAUCUGUCAAGUUCGAAGAAAAAUCUUCCAGCCCACCUUCUGAGUGAAGCUCUUUGUUUGUGUAACAGUCCUCGACAUCCAGAUUGUCUCAGUGGUAGUUUGCUUUGCAAGUUGGUCUUCUGCAAGGUUAUAGCUGACCAAAAGAGAUACUUCACAAUCCAUUCUGUUAGUCGUAUGUACGAAGUUGAGGAAACAACACCGUCUGAAUUGCCCAGCACUCUGUAUUUCAUGCGUUCCUUAUUGAAACAGAUAGAACUCGGACUCUCUGCUGCCACACAGAAUCCUGUGGUAGCAUCAAAAGAGAAAUCUCUUCAUGGUCUCAUUUGCUGUAUCGAAGAAUGUCUACCCUACUGCAUUGAAUCUGUUGAAGAUAACGAGGUCAUUGCAUGGCAGUCUGUCCUAGAAUAUAUCAUCAAUUUAGCCAUCCGCAUCAUUAAUGUUGUCAUGUGUAUAUUAUCAGGUGGACAAGAUUCUACUGCAUGCCCUUCCUUUGCUGACAUAGCUGUGGCUCUGGAGAAUGUAAUUUGUGACAGCCAAGCCACUUACCAAACGUCUGUGGUUCUAUCAAACGAAUACCAGUUUCUUCUUUCCUGGUGCUGGAUCAACCUCAAGGAAAGUUCUUCUCUCUUAGGCCAAAUUGUAAAUUUGGUGAACAAGAAUCAGAAGAGAAGCACUACUGCCACCAAAAACCUUACCCUAUCCUUCGAGGUGUAUCAGAAAAUUAGUGACACUUUUGUUAAAGUCCUCACCCAGUGUAGGCAUCGGGGUGCCAUUGAGAACUGCCGUUCAGGUUUUAUAGAUUUCUGUAUGACAUUGCUUUCCACUAAACACAGUGCCAGUUCUAUUCCUGAAAAAGUUCUGGUCCAAAUCCUAAAGAGUUUAAACAGUGGUGAACUGGAUGUAUCAAUAACCCGUCGGUCAGCAGGCCUCCCCAUCAUUGUUCAGUGUAUCUGUAUUAGUGAAAGAAAAACUAAAAAUGGACACCUCAUGACGUACUCUAUGAAGUCUUUGUUUGCCACAGCAUCUCAGCCAGUGCCAGUUGCAUCAACAUGUGAGAAGCGGGACCUGAACCAGGUUCAUGCUUUGAACAUCCUCAGAGUUCUGUUUGGAGACAAUAACCUUAACACUGGACUUCUUGCGCACAUCAGUGAAGCUGUCAAGUUGGUCAUUGCUGGUUUCGAAUCCCCCUCCUGGGCCAUACGGAAUGCUUCAACUCAGUUGUUCAGUACGUUAAUGACAAGAAUGUUUGGUCAGAAAAAAAUUAAAGAUGGAUGUGUCUUAAAUACAAUGUCACUUGAAGAAUUGGCUGUUCACUUCCCAGAUCUUCUGCCAUUCCUUCUGUCAAAAUUGUCUCAGUCAAAGAAUGUUCAGAGAACCAUCCAUAUUCAGCCGUCUUUGUUUCCUGUUUUGACGCUUCUCUCCAAUGUAGGGGCCAGUGAAAAGAUCAAGGAUGACACUGUGAACUUAUGUGAUCAGUUCAGCAUGCUGAUUGAGCCACUUACUGAGAGCCGAGUCUAUCAGAUGCGAGAGCUUGCUGCUAGUGCAAUGGUUGCAGUAACUGCACCGUCUCAAAGGCACAAUAAAAUCAUCAUGCUCUUGCACCAGAUACCCAAUAUUCAGGAUCAGCACAAUAAAGUCCAUGGAAUAUUCAUAUUUGUUGAGAAACUCCUACAAGCUCAAAGUUGGAACAAAGAUGAUUUGAAGAGUAUUUUACAGAAGCUGAUUAACUUAGCUUUUCCACAAGAUUUUCCUCUGGAUCCACCAUCAUGUGGAUUAAUACAAGCUAGAUUAAUUCAAAUAAUCAAGAAUACAGUGUUGGCAACCCCUGGUAUCGACUUUCUGGGUGACAACUGGAGUCAACUUUGCACCCAUCUGUGGCAACAAAUUGAAUCAACCACCAAGAAUAGUCCUACUAUUGGUUUCUCAAGCAUGUUAUCUGAGCAUGCUGAACUGCUGUUUCAUUGUACAACUGCAAGUUAUGUCGCUGGAGAAGCUGACAGUCUAAAGCCAGUUGUUGACUUGCUCCUCACUUCAAAAUGUUAUGAAGUACAAGAACGGUGCUGCCAGACCUUACACCAAUACCUGCAGUCCAAAAAACUCCCUGUAACAUUCUGGGAAAGUGUAAUGGAGCAGUUUAUUAGUCUGCAGUUAAAUGUCAGUCGAUACAGUCCAAUACAAAUCACGGUGCUUGAUUUAUUCAAUGCCGUCUAUCUGAAAUGGUCUGACCACUUUGACAAUUACACCCACCUGCAUUUAAGGACUGAAGACAUUAACAUCAUACUCAACCAGCUGCGUGAGGAGUUGCUCUCUGUUGGUAUUGGUACGGCACUUCAGUCAACAAUCCUGCCAGCUCUGAGUAUCUGCACUAAACUGAUCUCCACUUCACCCUCCACCACAAAGUUUGAAGAGCUCUACCUCAUGUGGUCUAGUUAUCUGUUCCAACAAUUGGGAAAUGUUGAUAGUAAUCUACGCAUGGCACUCAGCCAGUCCUUAGCCAUUGCUGGUAACGCUGUACUCUCCACGAUUAACCUCUUGGCCAAAAGUAUCUCCCCAGUAUCUCAAAAAGAAAUUUCAUACAAAAUCUUCCACACAGCUUUGUAUUUAUUACAAGAUGACAUCAACGAAGUGAGAAACUGGGCUGCACAUUUUGUCCAUUCUUUACCCCUUUUAUCUUCACUAAAACAGUUUUCUAGUCUCCAGAGUAAUAUUUGCUUGAAGUUACUCUUCCACCAUCUUGUCUGUCACUAUCCUAGUGCAGCAUGGGAUAUCCUUUACGAUCUUCUCUGCUAUAACGAUGGAUCAGAAUGUGCUGCAUCUCUGGAAGCAAUGCUUUCAAGAAAGUUACAAAUAAGUUCAUGGCAACUAUUUGACCAAGAAGAUAAUAAUUGUUUUGCUGAGAAAAUGGUUGUGAAUCAAAUGGCACAUGCUGCUCUAGUUAAACUUUUAAGCAAUACAAAGCCAGUUAGCAAACGAGAACAGUAUCUGUCAACAUUGUGUACCAGUGUCCUUCACAAGGGAACCAUACUCUUUGAAUCGUUAUCAAAGAAUCUAAAAGAGAAGCCUUUGUUAAAUAUUAGCUGUGAUGUACAAGUGUUCCCAGUAAUCCAGGGGAUCUUCUUAGCCACUAACACCAUCAUGGAUUAUCUGUACAGACAUCCUGAAGCACAUAUUGAACAGAUUAACAAUCUCAAAAGCAUGUAUGCCAAAUUGGAGAAGGUACGAAACCUCCAUCCGGUAAUUCAGAGUAUAAUGUUACAGGCAACAUAGACAUUCAACACGAAAAGAUGACAUAACAAAAUUCAAAGUUCAUCACCUUUAUGCAUUCAAAGUAAAACUGAAAUAAAUUAAAACUUUUAGUAAGAAAAUUCAAACAAACAAAAGCUAUAUUUCUUUGAUACUUUCUCCUCUUUAGUUACUGAACCAAGCCAUCUUAACCACUAACCAUAUCUCAAGCAAUUGUGAUUACGUCCAUAUUUUCAAAAAAAACAUUUUUUUGCAAAAUUGAUGAAGUGAGGUUCAAUUUUUUUUCCUAAAACAAAUUUUACAAUUGUGAAAAUAAAUCUUGUUACUAUAGGAAUUUAUUAUUUUUUUUCUCCAAUUUAUAGAAUCGUAUUUUAUUUAUUACUUACAGUUUACUGUUCUGUAUUUUGCUAUAUUCAGUCUCUGAUAAAUGCUUAAGUUUCUACUGGAAUGAAAAAUCUGUUUAUUUUGUUAAUUGUAAUGUUUUGAAAUUUUUACAACCUAAACUUCAUUAUCAGUGUGUAAACUAAAAAAUUUGAUUUCGUUAUUUAAACUUCUUCUUAUAUCUAAAAUUUUUGUUUCCCAAAUCGUUUUUUUCAAAACUAUACAUAUCAAUGAAUGAUCGGCCAGUAUUUAAAUGUAUGUUUACAAAGUAUGACAUGUACCAAUGAUGAGAAAGAAGAAAUGUGCUCUGUGUAUUUCAAGGUUUUCAUAAUUCACAACAAGCACCACUUCACAAUUCCCAAUAGACAACAUCCCACGAUCCUUACCUGAAACUUCCCAUAAUAUACGAAUGGUAGCACUCUACUAUCAAACUGAUAACACUUUACAAUCAACAACUAACACCACUCAAGAAUCUACAAUAGACACUACACCACAAUCUGCUCUUGAUUUCACUCCACAAUCCACAACAAACACCAAUCCAUAUUUCACAGUGGACGCUACUUAACAAAUUACUGAUAGCCAUCACCAUUCCACAACUAACACCACUUCUUAAUUGACUAAUGACACUGCUUCACAUUCCUUAACAGACACACUCUCUGAUGCAUGACCAACGCUCCUCUGCAAUUCACAACUAACACUGCACUACAAUCCAAGCCUCACACCAUUACACAAUGGAUACUACAUCACCUUCUUCAACUGAUACAGCCCCUUAUCUAUAAUUACACCACCCUACGGCCCCCAACUUACACCACUCCACAGCUGACUUGUGGCAACACUUUACAAUCCUUAGCAGACACCACUCCCCUAAUCUUCAGCUGAAACUACCCUAGAUCUACAAUUGACAUCUCCACUGUGAAAUUGACACACCUCCAGUUUUUACCAAAAAGAAAUUUUACAACUGUGAAAAUAAACCUUGUUACUGUAGGAUUUUUUUUCCUCCAAUUUAUGGUGUCAUAUUUUAUUUAUUACUUACAAUUUAUUAUCCUGUAUUUUACUAUCUUAGUCUCUGGUAAAUGUGUAAGUUUCUACUAGUCUUUUCUGGAGUGAAGAGUUGUUUGAAUUGUUGACUGUACUGUUUUGAAUUUUUUACAAUCUAAGCUACUGUUAAUGUGUAAACUAAAUCAUUUGAUUUCAUGAUUUAAACUUCUUGAAAAAAAAUUUUAAAUUUUUGUUUCUGAAAUUGUAUUUACAAAACUAUACAUAUCAAUGAAUGAUCGACAAGUAUUUAAAUUUUUGUGUACCAUGUAUGACAGAAAACCAAUGAUGAGAAAGAAAAAACAUACCAUGUGUAUUUCAAGGUUUCUACUGCUGAGGCCAGGAGGACACCGUUUAAGUGUCCACUUUAAUACUCAACACACCCUCACUCUUUUGUAGUCUCCUCACCUACUUGUAUCAUCCAUCAACUACAUACUGUUAUAUAUUUUCCCAUCAUUAUUCAACCCACUUUGAAAUUUUACUGUUGUAGUUUGCAUGCCUUGUUCACCUUAUCUGUUAGCCUUCAUCAUAUCCAGAUCAACAAAUGGAUUAAACAGCUCACUUUGUUGUUUCUGCUUAAAACCCUUAGUACCAAACCUUUUAUUUCGCCAACUAUAACGUCUCUUCUGCAACGCUGCCUCCUGUGUAUUUAUCCACUUUAUAUUCUAAAUCAUAAUUAGGUAACUUUCAUUAUCAGCAUAUUUAAUCAGCUUUUACUUUUAAAAAUCUUACAUUGAAAACACUUCAAACUUAACUUUUUAUUUCAUUUAAAAUUAAGUUUUGAAGGGUAAAACUCCCCAACAAAAAUCUUUUUUUUCUCUCCAUCAGAAGAAUGGUUAUUUAUUCCUCUGUUGCACUUUAUCUCAGAUUGUGUGUUGAAGAUAGGAUUAAAUUUAGCAUUCAAGAACAGAGAUGGUCUCCCUGAUAAGCAUCCGCACAGUUUCCAUCUACCAGAUUUCACUCAGAAGGCUUUUGGUCAAUCUGAAGCUGUGGUAGCAGAUACUUGUCUAAGAUGCCAUACAGUGGGAUUGAACCUUCAACCACAUAGUUGCAAAACAGAUUUAUUAACUGCACAUGGAUAAUGUAACUCAGCCUUGAUGCAAGUGUACACUUAUCAAAACAAGAAAAUGAAAUGUUAUAUAAUUGGCUUAUUAAUGGUCAAAAUGAUUACUAACCAAAUUAUGUGAUCCAACUCAUUAUAUUUCACCCUCUUCUGCAUUACCUGCCUCUUCUCUUUGCUGUUAAUCAAAUACUCAUUUACCGAUCUGUAAGAACAUGAGAAUAUUCAUAGAAUCAUCCAUCUUUAUUCCCUUCACCUUUCCAUUUCAAUGUAACGUAACUUCCCACCGCCACCUUAUACAUGGUGUGUUAUUCCUGAUAAAUUCCAUUUAGGUCUUACAAUCUCAACUUUCUGUAGUUCUUCUAAGAGUCAUUUUGUAAAUAAAAAAAAUACAACUGAUAUAAGUGGGUGGAGCAAACUGCAGAAUCAGUAGAGCAUGGACAAAAUACCUGUAGUAUUUUGGUUAUCUCUAUGUUUUGAGUUCAAACCCCACUCAGGUCCACUUUGCCUUUCAUUCUUCCAUAGUUGAUAAAACAUGUACUUAGGUUGAUGUAAUCAGCUUUGUCCUGGAAGGUGGUGCCCCAGCAUGGCCACAGUCCAAUGAUUAAAACCAGUUAAAGAAUUAAUGGAAGGAAUAUAGUAAGAAAUUCUGUGAUAUUAAUUAAUUGGUGCUACUGUAUGGUGGGGUUUUUUGCACCAUAUGUAGUCUAUAUUGCUGAUCUUCUUUUCUUGUGCUUGUUGCAGCAACCAUUCUUCUCUCUCUCUCUCUCUCUCCUUCCUCUCCAUCUUUCUCUUUCUCCCCACCUCUUACUUUCUCUCUCUCGCUCUCUCCCCUAUCUCUUUCUCUUUCUCCCCCUCUCUGUCACACACACACACACACACACAAAAUAUGCAGUCCUCCAAUAUGCAUGGACCCACAAUUUCUGAAAACAGACCAAGCAUUCCAAGCUCUUUGAACCUUCUUUAUACAGUACUAACUACCCCAAACCAAACACCAUCUAUCCAGCUUUCUUAACUGAGAACCCUCCUCCUCUUCCCAUCAGGUUUUUGUGCAGUCCUCUUCUUCCCCCUCAGACAUAUACAAUAAAAAUAUUUUUGCUUUCCUUUUUCGUGGCAUUUUAAAAAAUUAUUCUAAGUAUUCAUUAAUGCCAUUGUAGAUUCAGAUUAACUAGUGUCUCAAAUUAGUUAUAUUUGUUAAGUUCAUUUAA